GGAAGGCGUGGCUUCAGUUCCUCUGUUCAGCUCAGAGUGUGGGUUGAAUCUUCUGUGAGGAGAAGCAGUCCACAUGAACGCAUAGACACUCACUGACACACAAUCAGGUGCUGAGGAAGAGGAAGCGUCCAAAGGCAGUAGCCAUGGACCUUGUAGACCCAAUCCUGGGCAUAGUGGAGAAACUGUACUCCCUAUGUGACGAGGUGAAAGCCAAUAAGAAGCGGUGCAGACGGCUAGCUGAACGUGUGUCUGUGCUAGCUGAUCUGGUGAAGGCUGUGAAGCUGCGGGGUUUGGGCAGUCAGCCAGAGCUAGUGAAGAGGGGCCUGCAGGAGCUCAAACUCACUCUGGAGUCCGCACAGGACGUAAUGAAGAAAUACACCUUGUCCAGCUAUCUGAAGCGCAUCGUGAAAGCCUACGACCUGGGCGAGGAGUUCUGCUGCCUGAAUGAGCGACUUAACGAUGCCGCUCAGCUGCUCUCACUGACUCUGCAGGUGGAGCAGAGGGAGAGGAUGGAGGAAGUGUUCAGAGAGACCAAGAGGAGGAAAGAGGAUGAAGAAGACAGGAUGUUUGACUGUGAGGAGCUCCAAACAUUGCUGCAGUCUUUGGCAGAGGGGAACCAGGAGACCAAGGUGACUGUGGAUGCUGUGCACUUGAAAGUCGAUCAAACUCAUAAAGAUGUUCAAGACAUCAAAAGCAUCCUGGACUCAUUAAAAAGACCCUGCAUCCAUCUGCAGGACAUCAGAGAGAUCAGGCCCGAUGAGCUGACCUAUGACUUUCCCAUUGAACCAAUCAUGAAGACUUGUAAUUCUGAGCUGUUCAAAGGAGAGUACAAUAAGUUCACUGUAGCCAUUAAGAGAUAUACAUAUACAGAAAGCACCAACCCAAGCCAAGUGAGGAGCAUUUUUCAUAAGGAAGUUGAGACCAUGAAGCGUUUUGAAUCACCACAUAUCCUGAGAAUGUUUGGGAUUUGUGUCCAGGAUGAGAAUGGACCCAACCCGAACUACCUGAUAGUGACGGAGUUCUGUGAGAAGGGCUCUCUCAGGCAGGUGUUGGACAGCUCCAGCAAACUGCCAUGGGACAGAAAGACACAAAUGUGUCUAGAUGCAGCGCAAGGACUCUACAGGCUACACCAAUCUGAGGAGAAGUUUAAGGUGCAUGGCUGCAUCACCAGCAGCAGGUUCCUGGUGGCUGCUGGGUACAGAGUGAAGCUGGCUGGCUUUGAGCUGGCGAAGACAGAAACAUCACUAAAGAAGAGUAAAGAUAAAAAGAACAGCCUAAUGAUCUACACGUCUCCACAACAGUUCCAAAACAUCAACCAUCAAUAUGACAAGGCCUGCGAGAUCUACAGUUUUGGAAUCGUCAUGUGGGAAAUCGCAACACGCCAAGUCCCCUUUAAAGACUCUUCAUCCCAUAGUCUUCUCUAUAAGAAGCUGUGUGUGGAGAAGGUGAUGGAGCCACUGCCGAAUGACUGUCCAAUUCAGCUCAAGGAGCUCAUCAAUGCCUGCCGCUCAUAUGAGCCGUUCCAGAGGCCCAAUGCUGGAGUGUUAGUGGACAAGCUGCGCAAACUGGCGCAGCAGUACGAAGAGGACUAAUGCUUGGGCCCCUGUUCGCAUACUGCAGCCAGGCACACCUACAGUCGAUCAGCUGCUGGAGUCUCCCAAACUAAAGCCAACUGAAUAAGCCUUUAUCCUGCCAGUCUUUGUUCAGGCUGGUGACUACUCAGCUGCCGUUUUUUUUCACCAUGAGUUGAGCUGACUGUUUGUACCUUAAGUGAAUGGUUUCCUCAACACAGAUUAAGCCUAGCAAGGGUUUUGGUUAUACUGCCAAUUCUCUAAACAUGUCCAAACUGUUAAUUUGUGUAUGAGAUACCUUUCUUGUUUAGACAGUGACACUAUCUCAAUGGGAAAAUGUUUUUAUGCCAUAUCACCUUUCACUCCUUUGUUUGACAAUCAGAGCAUAUCUGCUAAAUAAAAUGAAAUUCAGCAACACUUUUAAAAACUUACAAUAAAUUUAAAUUUUUGUCUGAUUGUAAAUCAAGUGCCAGUGGGUUUAUGAGGUAUAACAUUUAGGUAGGACUACUGUGUACCCAACAUUUUAACAGAUACUGUAUACUGCUUUGAUGUAUUACUCAUUGUUGUUGUUCGCACAGUAGUGUAAAAAUGGUGCGAGUAAAGGGGGUCAUAUGAUUCCACAGAUUUUAAUGAAUGAAUAUGUUCAAUAAAAUCAUUCAGGGUGGUUUAAUAUAAAAGAAACAUCUGA